AUGAAUGAGUAUAAUAAUGUUAAUAUGGAACAGAAGAAGGAAAAAAAAAAGGAGGAAGAGAAAUAUAAGAAUAUUAUAAAGAAGGAAUAUUUUAUAUUUCCUCGAUUAUAUGACAAAAAUAAAGAAAUAGAAUACAAUAAAUUAAGGAUACAUAAUAUAAAAGAAUAUAUUUGUAUUCACCUGACCGUAUCUCUAUUUAUUAUUCUUAUAGAAUGUUUUGUAUUUUCUUUCAAUUUGAAUAUAAAAGAUACGACAUCGAUGGAAAUAUGUGUAGUAAUAUUUUCCAUUUUGAAUUGUUUAAUGCAUAUUGUUGUCUUAAUAAAAAUGUAUUUCUUUACAUCUGAAAAUGUGUAUACUAAAUGGGUAUUCAUUGGAUAUAUACUUUUAAAUCAGAUUUUUCAAUUUCUAUCUUUAUAUUUCUUUACCAAAAGAAAUGAACAAAAUAAAAAUGAUAUUGCUCAUUUGAAAUAUUAUGACAACAGAUUUAAUUUGUAUCUGCACUUUUUUGUGGACUCUGUUUUUAUUCUUUGUUUACCAGCAUUAAGCUUUUUCCUGUCUGUUUUCUUUAUGAUCUUGUUCGUUUGCCUAAAUAUCCUACUUUUUAAUAUCGUCAAAUUUAAUAAAGUAAAUUAUGGUAGCGAUAUUUAUCACAUGUGUUUGCUAAGCAUAGUGCUGUUGAUGGUUUUCAUAUUGCGUUAUAUGAUGGAAGAGAGGAAUAGAUUAUUAUUUUUCUUUAUAAAAGAUAUGAUGUUAGAUAAUUAUAGAAAAUGGUAUGCUGAAUGCAUGGGAGGUCAUUAUGAUAAGGAUAAAGAUUCUAUGACAGUAGAUGUUGAUAAUAAUAAAUAUAAAAAGGAGAAGGAUGAAAAUUAUAAAUUUUUAUUUUCUAAUAAAUGUAUAUUGUUUCAUGAUUUUACUCUUAAUGGUUGUUAUAAAGAUUAUUAUUCGAUGAUUUCUUUUUUAAGAAAAUUGUUAAAAAGUUGUAACCUGAAAGAAAAUAUAAAUGAGAAUACUAGUGUUAAUAUUAAUGGGUAUAGAUAUGAGAAUAUGAAUUGUGAUGAUAAUAUAAAUUCGAAUAUACAUAAAAAUUAUAAUUCAUGUUAUGAAGAAUUAAAAAAGAAUUUAAAUGAGUCCGAUAUAUUAACUAUAGCAUAUGAAGUAGAAGUAUUGAAGAAUAUAAAAAAAAUAAAUUCUGAUGAAAUAGGAAAAAAUUGGGAUUAUUCAUUUAUUGAUUCUGAAUAUGGAAAAUCAACUUUAGUUAUAUUAGAAGUGGGUUAUCAUUUGAUAAGUCCAUAUAUAGAAAAUAAUGAGAAUAAAAGAAAGAAAUUACAAUUAUUUUUAUUAUUAAUAAAUAGUAUGUAUUUUCCUAAUCCAUAUCAUAAUGCUAAUCAUGGUGCUACUGUAUGUCACUUAUCAAAAUGUUUAGCUCAUAUAACAGAUUAUGAUAGUUAUUUAAAUAAUACAUAUAUGAUAUGUUAUUUAAUAGCAUCUAUAGCACAUGAUGUAGGACAUCCUGGAAAAACAAAUUCAUAUUUAUCUGAAACAAAUCAUAUAUUAUCAAUACGAUAUAAUGAUAUGAGUAUAUUAGAAAAUUAUCAUUGUAGUAUAACAUUUUCUAUAUUACAACUUAUAGGUUUCGAUUUUUUAAUAAAUAAUGAAGAUACGAAAUUAGUUGAAAAAAAUAAAUAUACGAAUAUGAGGAAGUUUAUUAUUGAGCUAAUAAUAUCAACUGAUAUGAAAUUACAUUUUGAAUAUGUAGACAUAUUUAAAAAAAGAAAAAAAAGUCAAAAUUUUGAUAUAAGUGAUAGGGAUGCAAUUAAUUUAGGAACUAUAAAUAUUAAGCUAGCUGAUAUUGGACAUACAUGUUUGAAAUGGAAAGAUCAUGCAAAAUGGACUAUGUUGGUAAGUGAGGAAUUCUUUUCUCAGAAGAAGGUUGAGGAGUUACACAAAAACAAAAAUAGAGACCCCUUAAAUUUCCCCCAAUUUGGAAAAGAGGAAAACAUAGAUGAAGGAAUGAUUUUUAAUUAUGAAAAUAUAUACAUAAAUUAUAUAAAUAAUAUAAACAACAUAAAUACAUAUGAUUAUAGUUAUAUUAAAUUAAAUUUUAUUCAUCAUCAUGAUUUUGUCAAAAGUAUUCCUAGUACUCAAGUGUAUUUUUUUGAAAUUAUUGUAAUGCCAUUAAUUAAAGAACUUCAAUCAAUGGAAAAAGCAAAAAAAGAAAUUACACAAAAAGUUUUACACAACCUUAAUAUUAAUUUAAAAACUUGGAGACUUAUUGAAAAAAAUAUUAAUUUAUUUUAUAACACAGAAAAAAUGACUGGAACAGAUUAUUAUAAAAAUUUAGAGAAACAAAAGUUAUUAAGGGGAAUACGAUUGUUGGAUAUAGCUGAGGAAGACGUUAUAUCACUAACAGAAAAUUUUAAAGAAGAAAUAAAACAGGAAGAAUCAUGA